UGACCCACCCACCUACCCAGUCAGGAGGGAGGAGGGAGAUGGUGGGGUUGAUGGAGGAGGAGGUGGAAUGGCUUGCCAAAUAUUUAUCGGCGAUGAUGAGAGGUGAUGAUAAGGUGAGGGAAGAGAGGGGGGAGAGAGGGGAGAAAGGAACGAGUAGCAGAAGGAAGCUGCACGGGAAAGGAGGAGGAACAUCGUCUCUUUUCAAAGUGGGUGGAUGGUGGGGAGAAGUUCAGAGUCGGGGUGGCCACACAGGAGUCACGUGAUUUAUUGGAGGCUAUAGCUGGUUUACGUAGAAUUUGCAUAAUUGCUGUAAAGCACUUUGGAAUAAGGCGCUAUAUAGAUACAUCUAGACAGGAUACAUUCGAUGAGAUGGAGUCAGGGUGUGGUUUGCCCCACACACAGAAGCCGCAUGCCUUACUGGAGGCUCUAGCCAUUUGAUGAAUCACGUCUUGAGCGGUGCUGAAUAUUUCUCUUCGCAGAGCCGUUCACAUAUCACGGUCACCACUGCCACCUCAACCACAAUAUCCAUCACCGGUGAAGAAGUUAACAAUCCGGUCGGAUUCAUUGAGAAGCUGAAGCGAUGACGGUUCGAGGAAUCCAGUCGUGGCAUUUCAAGAUGUACAUCAUCUCCUUGGGGCUCACGCUCAUGAUACCAUUACAAGUCUUUACUCUGCACACAGGCUGCGUGCAGGAGGCCGGCAUGACACUCUGCUGGUGUGAGCAAGGCUCCGUGUGGAGCGCCUCGAUGUGCAAUUCGCUGGGACCCUGCUUCCUCCACUCAGCCUCGGCGCAAGGGAAGAGCCCCUGCGCGUGUGUCCGGCAGUCGCCUCCCGACAGCGAGCGCUGCCUUCCCGCCACCCAGGCUUCCUCCUCGGCAGGGCACGCAGAUCCCGUCGUCCGCUGUCAUGGGGGCGUACCCAAUGGAGCCCUCGCGAGGAAAGAGAAAGGAGAAUUUUCCGAUGGGUGCGGGGAAGACAGCAGCAGUGGCGCAGAAGAAUUUCAAGGCAUUCGACGGCAUGGGGAGGGUAUCAUUACGGUUGAUGGUGGGAGAGAGCGCGACGUUCACCACGCGGAGGGAGCUGCCUUUGUUGGAGGAGUGAAAGAAGAUGGUGACAAUAGAGCUUCUAUUGUCCAAGCUGAAAGAGAUUCCGUUGACUUCGUUCCACCCAGGAAAGGACACGACGAUGUCAGGCACUCCAGGGAAGAUCGCAUUGUUCCUCUGGAAGGAGACCGUGUUCUUGAAGCCAAAGGAGAGGAAGGUGAGGUCAUUCGCAAGCGUAGGCAGGUUUUGCUUCCGGUCGAGGACCGCAAUUCAGACUUCAGGGAUCAAACGGAUGACUACGACAGCACAGACGAAUAUGAGACGAGUCCCAUGUCUACUUCAACAUCGUCCAUUCUGUCUUCACCAUUAUCAUUGAUGACACCAAUCGGUUCAACGAACACUGCAGGACAACAAACUCGGAGUUCCACAGGCCAGGCAGGUCCUGGCCCCAGCAUGGACUCCACUGGGAUGACCACGGCCACCAUCGUGGACGACGGAGACAGCACCGGCGAGUAUGAGGACAGCACCAGCACGGCAGCAGCGAGCACGGACGGGGACACGGCAAUGUUCGGUUCUACUCCGGCUGACCUUUCGCAAUUGACCAAAUCUCCUCCAACUGAAGUUUCGCCAUUGACUGCUUCUACUGCUACUCCACAAUGGACUUCCCACACAGUUUAUACCACUGCUGAUGUUGACCCUGUGACAGACUCCACCACAGGCUCCGAUGUCACUUCAGAGAUAGUUUCUGCAAGUCCAGGAGUCUCUCUCAUUCCAACGCCAAAUCUCUCUCCCGUUACAAGGCCGGAUGUCUCUCUCAUUACAACGCCAGAUGUCUCUCCCAUUACAAAUCCAAAUGUUUCUCUCAUUACAAAGCCAGAUGUCUCUCCGGUUACAAGGCCGGAUGUCUCUCUCAUUACAACGCCAGAUGUCUCUCCCAUUACAAAUCCAAAUGUUUCUCUCAUUACAAAGCCAGAUGUCUCUCCCGUUACAAGGCCGGAUGUCUCUAUCAAUACAAUGCCAGAUGUCUCUCCCAUUACGUCACUUGCCUCUCCCAUUACAAUCCCCGGUGGCUCUUCCGUUACAACGUCCCGUGUUUCUCCUUUUACAACACUUGGUGUCUCUUCCGUGACAAAUCCAGGCAUCACAUCAUCCACGGUGUCUCCCAAUGCCUGCAAAGAAGGCAGCUCCCCCAUACAAUGGAGAAACGUAAAUCUGAGUGAUGCCAGCAUCAAUGAGGGUGCCAAUGUGACCCUGACUAUGGCCGAGCCAGAAGUGGCACCGGAGUCGGUGAUGUGGUGGAGUAACGACACAGUGGUGGUGAAUGGAAGCGUGUUUACUCUAGGCGUCGCACCUGGAAAAGGACCCACACUUACGAUAAAAGGCAUCAACAAAAAACACCAGGGAGUCUAUUCUUGUGAGGCUUGUGUGGGAACCGUCCUGGUCAAGGGGAGCGUGACAUUGCCAAUCAUCCUUGCGGUGCCGGUCGUGGACAUCGAACAAAGCUCUCUGCCACAAAUCAGCGUCGCAUGCAGUGAGCCCACGACCCUGACCUGCUGCUUGACAUCACUGGAGGGAAAUAUGACGGUCACGUGGAAGAACGAAACAGUCCAAACAUCAUCAGUGACUGCCAGCAGCCUUUGUUCGACUUACAAAGCUACCAUCAGUAACCCGUGCCAGGAUACCGUAUACACAUGCACAUUCUCCAAUGAAGUUGGUGCGACUUCAUAUGCAAUUGCAGUUUAUUACAUUCCGACCAAUGAUAAAACGUGCCCCUCGAACUACCCGUGGCCAGAGACAAAGAGGAAUGGUGUCGCGCACGUCAGGUGCCCUCCGGGCUACAGGGGCACUGCCCUGAGGCGCUGCUCAGCCGACGGCGUCUGGGGUGCGAUCUUCAAGAACUGCACCUCAAACCGUUUCACCAAUGUCGAAGGCAAAGUGCAGCUAAUGGAGGACGGUAUCGGGAACCCCACAGAGUUGGUCCCACAACUCCUAGCGGAGAUGAAGACGAUCACGCAGGUACCAGAGCCCAGCAGCCAGGAACAAACCCUGCUGAUGGGGGAUGUGCGUUCGGCCCAUGCCUCCCUGGACAAGAUCAUACACGUGGCGUCGGCCAGAGAUGUCCGGUUCAACAAGAACGUAUCCAAGGAUUUCCUGGACUCUGCGAGUAAUCUCCUUGAUGGGUCCGUAAAAGAAUCCUGGUCACAGCUGGAGUUCAUGGGCAGUAUGGACAGCUCAAGCCUCCUCCAGACCACUGAGGACUUUACGCACCUCAUUGAUGCUGAAGAAUUCUUCUCCAGUGCUCGGACCUUAGGUUCAAAGAAGAGCAGAGAAGACUUUAACCUGAGUUCGAGUAACAUCUUGAUGGCUGGCUCGCUGUACCGGGCGGGUGAGACACCCACGGCAUACCACCAGCAGUUCAAGGUGGACGAGCAGACAUCAUCCGUUUACAUUGACAGCAUGGCCAUCUCAAACCUCACCGAAAAGUCCAACCUGACCAUCACCAGCAUGGCCUUCACCACGCUGAUGGACCUCUUACCCCUACGGCUGGCUCCGGGCCUAGCGAGCGAGGCCUCAUCUGGCCCCCCAAGUGUGGGAAGCCUGGUUCUGAGCACCGUGCUGAGUGGGGCCCAGGGAGGGAACAGCUCCAGCAUCUCCAUGAAUCUGGCGCUGAGAGGGGUGGAGCCAGGUGCCCCCCUCAAGAAAACCCCCCACUGCUCCUUCUGGGACUUCAAGUUAAAUGGCAGUGUUGGGGGGUGGUCGACCGAAGGCUGCAUGACCAGCAACAUCACAGACAACGCAGUUUCCUGUAUCUGCACUCACACAACCCCCUUUAGCAUCUUACGCUUACCGGAAACAAGCCAGGUGGAUCUCACCUUUGCCAUCAUUACCUACGUGUGUCUGAGCAUCUCCAACGUAUUUCUCAUCUUUGCUGUGGUCCUGGAGUCCAUGUUACUGCAUCAGAAUAAGCGAUAUGGCCAAGAGUCCAAUGGAGAGGAGAAUGACGAUGAUCAUGGAGGUCAUCACUCCCUUAGCCGCGGCAUCAAACUCAACAUCAUCUGCGCUCUGCUCCUCUCCCACGUUUGGUUCAUGGUGGCCAUCUCCAACUCAAACCCAACAGUCUGCUCGCUCUCACAGUUCUUCCUCCACCUCAGCUACCUCUGCGCAUUCUCAUGGCUACUAGUGCAGGCCAUUCACCUCCUGCUCAACGGCAACUCCAUUUAUGGGGGCUCGUCUGGGCGCAAGGUGAUGGCGGCUACCUUUGCCGGGGGCUACGGCCUGCCGGUGCUCAUUUCCGUGAUCACAGUCGCCGCCACUCACUCGCAGCCCGACUCGUGCUGGCUCAACUGGGACAGCAGCAAUGCCCUCUUCGCCCUCGUCAUCCCCGUCUUGCUCGUCAUUGCGGUGGAUCUGGCCGUCGCCGUCUACGUCUUGCUGCGAACUCGGCUCUGGGAUCACGACGGCCAGAAGCUGCAGGAGGGUGGGGGUCUGCUGGGCGAUUCCACCACUGGGAAGGCAUGGAAGCUGCUCAUUCUCAUGACGGGGCUGGCCGUGAUCUGGGGUGUGGGAGCUUACUUCUUCAUGCCUGAUGGAAAUAAGAUUCCUGCCGUCACAUACCUGUUUGCCGUCCUCAAUGCUAUCCAGGGGGUGAUCGUCGUCGUUUUCAACUCUUUACUGGAUGAAGAGGUGAAGCAGUUACUAAAUAGGUCUAUGACCAUUGUGAGCUACGAGGGGAUGAAAGAGAAAGAUUCGCCCCUUGUGGUCUCCGAGUACGACAUAGAGAACAACACGGUGGACGGAGUCUACCGAUUACAACGACCCAAUCAAGUCACCUGUGCGAUCUGCGGGGGGCUCCCGGAGGUCUCGUGCACCGAAUGCAAGCAGUCGUUCUGCCGCGGCUGCGACGAGAAGCAGCACGAGCGCCUCGACCGCAGGAACCACGAGCGGACCAUGAACGGCGGACAGAGCAAUGUCUGUGGCAUCUGUGGUAAGCCGACGGAGGUGACAUGCGACGACUGCGAGGGAUCAUUCUGUUCGGAAUGCGACGACAAGAGCCAUCGGCACCCAGAGCGCCUCUUUCACAAACGCUCACUUCGAAGCUCCUCCAGUAACCUUAUGGAGAUGUAACCACCUGGGGGUUGCAGUACAGAAUGAUGAACUUAAGUAUCGCAGUCACAUUGUCAAUUCAGUUCAAGAUAAGCUCUGCCGAAACACCAAAUUGAUAAGGGAGUUUCAACGUUGUGCGUUUCUACGUUUAUUUUUAACCAUUAACAAUGAUUAGCUUUUACCAAUUAUUGACAGAAUGAUGAAAAAUUUUAAGAGUUAAAUUUUGAUUUAAAGCUUUCGUGACUGCAGUAAUUCAUAUUCUUAGUUCU